CCCUCGUCAUCCCUGAGAGAGCGCGAGGGAGCGCGCGCGCGGGCAGCAGGGAAGAAGAGGGUUUAAAGGGAGGCAGGAUUUUCAGCGCGAGAUUUUUAAAGGCACGGUUAGGCACUGGGAUUGGUGAAGCUCCUGAUUAAGGCUUUUUCUGCUAAUAUGAUGUCAUCAAGGACAAUGUCCAGCUGAGAAGAGAAAAGAACUUACAGCUCACUCCCAGGAAAGAAAAGAUGUGAGAUUAGAUUUUAGGGUUUCGCUCCACGGCUGUACAGAAAGCCCCGCAGGGUCAGAGGGGAAAGAGCCCUUUAAUGGAUCCAGCAGUGCUGGGGAACUGGUAAGAGAGAACCUUGGAUUUAUACAACAUGAGUGUGCAAGAGGAGGUAGGGGACCUGCAAGAUGGCCUGCACGAGGAAAUAAAGAACAACAACAAGCAGCCUUUUCUCCCUCCUGACGGAGAUGCCAAUGCCAACCAAAUCACCAUGGAAGAAAGCCACACUGAGGGUGACAGUCCAGUACCCCCCCUGCUGUCCCACAGCAGUGCCCAGGAGAGGAUUAUAAUUUGGGGCACACAUGCCCACAGUGAGGACCCGGAUUUGGAGGAGUUUGAAUUAUUAGAGUGUCAGGAGCUGGAAGAAUUUUUGAAGGAAGGAGAACAGGGAGGACAGGGAGAUACAGGCAAAGAAAGAGCAAAGAAAAAUUGUCAGAGGCAGUCUGCUCUUGUAUCCCCUGGUUCUGCCAGUGACUCUCCAAGGACAGACCAAAACGCCAACCACAGUAGAGAGAUGGAUGUAGAUCAAACUGCUCAGCCUUUGGACCUCAGGACCUCCGUCUCUCGGUCUGGGAGACAGAGGAGCCUGAGAGAGGCACGCAGCGGCUCAGAGAACAAUGUCUUCGUCUCCACCCUCUCAGCAGUCAGCAGCCUCAGCGGAAGCUUGGCCAGUGCCCUUGAUAGCGCAGGACGCACACAUCCUCCCUCUUCCUUGCCCAGCAAGCCUACCUCAGACAAGUGCAGGAUCCAGCAGCAAGCCACACAGCAGUCCCUAAUCUUUAUGACACGAAGCAGGGAGCAGCCCAGGGUUAUGGACCAGAACCACAAUUCCACAACAAUUGCUCAGGAACCUCAUAGAUCAAGUACAGAGAAUGGCAACUAUCCGGCAGACCAGCAAGGCCGAAGUGCAGACAAGGAACAAAGUAGGCAAGAGAAUGGUCUUUCCUCAAAAUUCCAGAGAAACCUUGAAAGAGUACCACCCUCUCGCAGGCAGCUUGUACGUCCGCUCUCUCCCGAGACGGAGCAAAGGGUAACCUCAGGACAUUUAGGACAUACAGAGGCCAUGCGAGAACAGCGUCCAUUCCGCUCCUCAGACAGCACAGGUCCAAAAGCCAGCAGCCAUCCUAUUGACCCCAAAGAGCCAGCAGAGAUCAACAGCAAUGUUCAGUUUCUCAGCUCAGGCUCAGGGAUCCAACCCAGCCAGACCGGUACCAAGUCUGGCUCCAUUCUCAGGAGGCAAGGGUCUGCGGAGCAUGCUGCCAGCCCCCUGGACAGGAAGAACCACUUCAACCGCAGAGCCUACAGCAGCCCUACCAGACCCUCUACUCCCCCUUCUCCCAAGACCACAGGAUCUCCUCAGAGACGCCCUCCAAUGUCACCUGUGAGGACCCGAGUGCCCGCUCGAGCUCCUCAACUAGGCUAUGGUGCUUCUCAAGGGUACAGCUCUGGCCUAAGACCUCCAGUCAAAACCACCAUCAACACAAGUGUCCAAAACACUGUACCCCAGCAGGGCUCUACUGAGACGACUUCUCCACCCAAGUGCCCCCCAAAGCCCAAAAGUGUUCGCCCCAAAAUCAUCACUUAUAUACGCAAAAGCCCACAGGUGAAGCCACAGGCCCUAGAAGCCCCCUACGAAGUCUCCUCACUACCUACCAGACUCUCAGCCUGCACCUCUUCUCCAAACCCCAAACCAGCAGCAUCAGGGGAGUCAGCUGGAGCUCCAGUGCUGAGUGCCUCUAAUCUGCUGUACGACAAGUAUCGACAGGAGUUGCAGAAGGCCCGGCUCUUAUCUCCUGGGUUGAUGGUGUCGGGGAUAAAGCCUCCCAGCCACACAAUGCCCCAAAAAGCCACGGGCAGAACACAUAGCUUCUAUGGCUCUCUGAGCAGCAAGUACCCUCCUACAGGGAUUGGCAGGUCUCCAGCCACCCUUGGGCCCCCUGCUUGUGGAGCCGAGGUUCCUUCGGAAACCCAGAUAGCAACUCAGGAGACAGGGGCUAUUUUCCGGCCAGCUCGAACCCUGAGACCGCAGCUUGGUCUGGGUGCUGUCAAUAGGGCUCCAUCCACUGCUGCUAAGAGCAGAAUCUUCACAGGGCAGAAGUCACCUCUGGCUCUUAAUCAACCAGUGCAGGCAGUGACCCCGUCAGUGACUGCACCAGUGACCCCCCCAACGACCUCAUCAGUGACCCCAUCAGGGACCCCAUCUACUCAAAGCCCUCCAGAGCCUUCAGACCAGAGGAAGGCAACAGCUUCAAGUUUGGCUGUUAAGUCUCUGCUGCCUAAGCCAGCUUCAUCAGGUCUGCGGCCCCCUGGCUACUCCAGACUGCCCCCAGCACGCCUCGCUGCCUUCGGCUUUGUCCGCAGCUCCAGCGUGUCCUCCGUCUCCAGCAACCACUCCACUGACAGCACUCGCAGUGAUCCAUGCAGACCAGCAUACCGUCCUGGCAGUGUGAGUGAUGACCCCCCUUUCCACAGGGUCAUCACAGAGCCCUGUACAGAUGGGCCCAGAGUGCCCUGCCGCAGCAGUCCACAGCCCCCAAGCACACCAGUCCCCACCCGCCGGCCGCUGCUGCCCCCACCACCAAGCUCCCCAGCAAGCUCUCGCAAGGAGUUCCAGAAGACAUCCGAUGGUUCUCGUUCCGCACAGUCCUCCCCAAAACGGCUGGCUGUUGUGUCACCCAAACCCCAGUCACCAGUCCUGCAGAGGCAGAGGGCAGCAGCUGCAGCAGCACGGGUCCCCGGGGGGCCGGGUGUGCCAGUUUUGGGACGCAGCAGUUCCCCAGGCUUGGACAAGAGGAAAGAGGAGGCGCAGAGGAGAGAGAAGGAGCGAGAGGAGCAGGAAAGGAGAGAAGAGGAAGUGCUGCGGCUGCAGGCUCACUGCGAGGAGCAGGCUGGACAGCUGCAGGCUCUACGGGCUGAGCUGAGGAGAAGCACACUGGGCCUGGACGCCUUUGCUGUCUGUACCCAGCACUUCUGCUUGAAGAGUGAAAAUGCCAAGCAAAAGGAGAAAGACUUGUCUUUGGAGCUCAGCCGGAUUCGAGAGGAAGUGGACUGCACAGCUGCGCGCUGGAAGCAGUUGCAGCAGGAGAAGGCCGAGCUGGAGAAGAGUUUUGAGCAGAAGCUGAAGGAGCUCCAAGAGCAGCAGGAGUGUGAGCUGGCAGCUCUGGAGGAGGAGCUCAGGACCCGCCACGCCUCCGACACAGACCACCUGAAAGCCGAGCACCAAUCACAGGUGGAGGAACUACGAACCCAGCAACAGGAGCAGAUUGAGGAGUUAACAGCUCAACAUGAGUCUUCUUUAGAAGACCUGAGGACAAUGCACAACAUCACCAUGGCAACCUUGCAGGAGGAGCAUGCCAGGACCAUGAGAGACCUGAGAAAAGCUCAUGAGCAGCAGAAAGCUACACUAGAGGAUGACUUUGAGAAGCACAGACUCUCCCUUCAGGAUCAGGUGGACACGCUGACAUUCCAGAACCGAACCCUGCGGGACAAAGCCAAACGCUUCGAGGAGGCACUGAGGAGGAGCACAGAUGAGCAGAUAGUGGACGCUUUAGCUCCAUACCAGCACAUUGAGCAGGACCUGAAGAGCCUGAAGGAGGUUCUGGAGAUGAAGAACCAGCAGAUUCAUGACCAGGAGAGGAAAAUCUGCCAGCUGGAGAGAGUGGCCCAAAAGAACGUGUACCUGGAGGAGAAGGUGCAGGUACUGCAGCAGCAGAACGAGGACCUGAAGGCUCGCAUCGACCGCAAUCUCGCCCUGUCCAGGCAGCUGUCCGAGGAGAACGCCAACCUGCAGGAGUAUGUGGAGAAGGAGUCCAAUGAGAAGAAGCGCCUGAGUCGGAAUAAUGAGGAGCUGCUGUGGCGUCUGCAGACCAGCCCCCACCUCUCGCCCUCUUCCUCCCCCAGCCACAGGGCUUUCUUCCCCGGACCUGACAUCCCACCCUACCCCUAUUCCCCCGGCCCUGGGACCCCAACUCACUCCUUCUCACCUGGACCAUGCACCCCCACACACAGAGUGGUCUCUCCUGGACCGGGGACCCCCACCCACAGAGGCUCACCAGCAGCACGUUGCUCUCCUGCACACAUCCCAAACGCCAACACACUACCCAGAUAAGCUCUACAUAACACAGCGAACCGCUCAGC